UUUCACUGAGAUAAGCAUUAUCUUAAUUCACACAACCAUGAACCUAUGAAAAUGGUAUAUCCUAUAACUUUCUUAAGACAGAGAUAUUCUGCAUUAGUUCAGAGAGAAAUAAGAGUGUGAGAAGAAGGUAGACAUCUUCCUCUGUCUAAACUACCAAGCAAGAUGUAUAGUUAUUGGAGGCAAGUUGAUUAUCUUUUUGUUUCAUGCUCUAAACAAGCUAACAAGAAUAAAACUACCGAACACUUGAAUCAAGUAGUAAUCGUAUUGUUUCAGCUUAACCAGAGGUUUUGAUUUGGAAUUUUCGGUCUUCUUCCUCUGGCAAAUAAAACUGAACCCAGUAUAUUGCAUCAGUAUUUUUACACCUCUCAUAACAUUUUAAUUGGAAAGUUAUGCUUGGCUCAUGGGUAAGAAUCUAGACAUUUCUUGGAAUAAUUUUUUUUCCCCCUGUACCUUUUGUCCUGUCCUCCUCUGAAAUAAAAUCAAUGUGUUAGCAGCAUAAAACACUCAGAUGCCCAGACAAAGAUGGAACUUGAGGAUGCUUUAUUUGCAGCACAAAAGGAAGACAAGGACUGUUUAAUUGAAGUUGAAAGUUCCAUUGAUGGCAACGCAAAUUUUCACAGUAUUCUAAGAAAGUUUGCCCUUCAGACAGCAGAGACCACAAUAAGAUUACUCUCAGCUUCUCUUAGCCAAAGCUCUAUAAAAGAUGAUUUCUUUUACUUCAAGGUUGCUCCUCUUGAGAUCCACAGGGCUAAUCUGGAAGAUGCAGAAAAUCAGCUUAGGUUUCUUAUGCAUGCCAUGAAAGGGGUUAAAAGUAGUUGCUUCUUAUCUCUACUGAAGGGCUCAUUUUCGCGUUGGAUAUGGAAUGAGUUGGGUAUUUUGGUAAGUUUUCUAAUCUGCAUUGCGUAUAUAAUUAAAGGUAUAAAGCUAUUCCUGGACCAAUUCAUAACGGCUUAAACUUUUAGGUGACCUAGGUCCUUGACAAUAUGUAAAACUUCUCACUGCCUCCAUUCUCUCCUCAAAUCAGAGGGAACCAUGGGGAAGUUCCUGAGUGGGAUAGUUAUGCUCCAGGACCCUUUAAGCAAUAGUACAAAAGGUGACAAAAGGUCGGGCUGGGCAAAUCCUGAAUCUGAUUGUAUUGGCCAGGUCAAACUUGACCUGCAUCCACUAUAAUCUAACUGGAAGCUUCUUGGAUUAUUUAACCCUUCCGUGAUGAUAAUCCUCUUCAAAAUUAAAUAUCAGCAAUGACAAUAUUGAUGUGCCUGUACUUUAUCCAUAGUUCAUGCUCCUUGUCCUGUGGGCAUCUGUGGGAGAAGGCUUUUUGGAUUUAUA